CAGAGUUGUUUUAUUUGGGCCUGCCUGUGUUCUAGCUAGACGUCAUUCCACCAGAGAGCUUCACUCUCCUCUCCAUCCCGUGUGGCAAGUCCCCUCUUUCGCGGCUUUCUUGACCAUCUUUCUCUCUCUCCGCAGAGACUGUGAAUUUGUUACGCGUCUUUCCCCUUUGAAUUGAAUACCUUGGUCGCAUCCAUCUUGAGCCCACUGUUGCGUCCCGUACAAUAUGGCUGACGAAGUGCGCCGCUCCGGGCGCGCCAAUAAGGGCCAUCACACGAAGAACCAAGAUGCUCUAGACGAACCUGUCCCCAAGUCGAAACCAAAGGGCAAGCCAGAGAAGAAGGCCCAACCCCAAACGCCAGCACCACAACAAACUACUCCAGCUCCACAGUCGCGCGCACAAUCAGCACAAUCCGCACAGUCUACAGAACCACCCGAAGAUGACGAAGCCAUCUAUCGUUGUGUCUGCGGCGAGCAGCGCGAGAUCCGAGGUCGCGAAAUGAUCUGUUGCGACAGGUGCGAGGCAUGGCAGCACAACAAAUGCCUAAAUCUACCUGGCAGCGAAUUCUGGGAGGACAAGACGUACCUGUGCGAACAAUGCAACCCGGAUGCUCACGCCGAGUUACUUGCUGCCAUGGCUCGCGGAGAGAAGCCUUGGAACCGGAAGAAAGGCUCCAAGGCAGCCAAACCCAAGUUCCGCCAUAGCGACAUUGGAACGGAUGCGAGCGCAGAUAACAAAGAGACGACUCCUUCACAAGCUACUCCAACAGCCGGUGGACACGCUCAGGACACACCCUCGGCCACACCAGCUGCCGGUACUCCAACACCGUCGCAAACCAGGUCAGAGACAGCAAAGGAGAGUACGAAUGGCAACGCGGAAGCAAAGGCCCACGGGAAGAAGGCCACCCAGAAGGCUCAUCCCCAGUCCCCGCUCGGCGAGAAGAGACCACACGAUGCCGUGGCAGAGAAGGAGACGGAGAGCGCCAAGCGGCGCAAAUCUAGUGGGACACAUCACGAGAAAUCAGUUCCAGAGACGGCGAUGGCUACGGAUCCUGCACAGCUACCGGAGAAGCAGAAGUUGUUAGUAGAGAAGCUGAUCACAUUGCUGUCCUCCCUCGUCAAGGAGGCAUCCGACUCUCGCGGUUUCCGGAUUCCCGACGGUGCUACACCAACGUCUAUCGCGACAAGAUUGGCUUUGCAGAUCGACCAUGCUUCGAUCACGUAUCAUGGCGUUCCAACCGACAACUCCUCGCCUUACAGCCAACAUUUUAGGAGCAUAUUGUUUAACAUUAAGAAGAACACGAUUCUCCUAGACCGCUUGCUUUCUGGCUCUCUCAAACCCGAUGAACUUGGCUCCAUGUCGACCGAGGAAAUGGCCAGCGAAGAGAAGCAGAAGGAAUUCGCUGUGAUGCGAGAAGCGGCUGAGAAACAGAUGGUCUUGACAGAAGAGACCGGUCCGCGGUUGAGGAAGACCCACAAGGGUGAAGAGAUCGUGGGCGAGGACACGCCUGGCAACGAGCCGGGAUUCAGACCGCCGGAGCGCAUCCGGGAUGGAGCUGAUGGAGAACACCGCUCCCCUAAGCAAGAGGAUGGAAAUGUUGUCGAGCUGCCAGAAGACCUGGGGAGGGGGCCACUGGCAGUUGACACAUCAAGCCCAAGGCGCGAUAGUGUACGACGGCCCUCUACAAACUUCGAUAUAAAUUCCGUUUUCGACAAGGUGAAGUCCCCACAGGCAGAUCAACAACACUUCAUUCAGCGACGACAGAGCUCAAUACGAGCACAGCAGACAUCUCAGCAGGGUCCAGGUGAUGACGCAGAUAUAGAUCGUCUCCUGAAGGACGAGGACAACGAUACUGAGAUGACCGGUUACGCUGCCGAUCCAACAAUCGUCUGGCACGGUACCCUCGAUAUGCAAUCCGUUGGGCCCUUCGAUGCUGUUGCGCGGUUCGUUGCUGGUGGCGAUUUCGGGUUGGUCGUUCCGUGGGAUCGACUCUUGACGUCCAAGUUGCCCAUUGCAGGCCGCAUUGAGAGUCAGAGGGGCAACGACUACAUCCAAGGCCUUUCAUCAAGCGGCAGUCACGACGUUGGCGUGUUAGCCGUUCAUCCUGUUACACCUGAGGGCCGCACCAUCUACGACCAUCUAUACAAUUACUUCCAACCCCGUGAUCGCUGGGGUGUCGUCCCCGUGGAACGACUCAACAACGAAGCGAUGCGGGACCUAUACGUGAUACCGGUCGAGCCUGGUGGCGGCGAGCUACCCCGAUUCCUGAAUAUGCUGGAGUAUUGCACGAUCGAAACCCCUCGUCGAGAACCGAUGUUGCUCCUCGCUCUUGUUGCAAAGCUUCCGGAGGAUAAGGCUCAGGCAGCUUCUGGUCAACCUCUGGGGUCUUAUUCUGCUGCACACUCCACUCCAAGCCAAUUCCCUCAUGCUGCACCUCCCGUGCCUGGAUCCAUGGGUGGACCCAGCCCUUCGCCCGUAAACCCAAAUGGACCCCAGUACUCCCCAGUGCAACCCGGAUUCCCCCCAAGCCAGUCCUUCGGUGCUCCACCAGCACCAAUGCACCACCAGAACGGGUUUCCCCAUCCCGGCAUGAUACCACAGGUUCCGAUCCACCACCGCAACCCGCGAGCCGUCGAGAUCUUCGGCCCGCACAUAGACGCCCCAGUUAUCGUGCAGAUCCUAACGCAUUUCCCCGACAUGUCGGAGCUGCAGAUGAACAACCUUCGACACAUUGUGGACAAUGUGCCAGCCGCUCGUACCGACAUCAAUUUGCUCAAUGAGCAUAUGAGACAACGGAACGAGGGCGCACCUCAGCAGGCUUGAACAUCUCCGUUGCCUACGAAUGAAUGAUUGGAGUUUACCAAUCAUACUCUGUCACAUCAGACAUCUGACUUGGUCCAAACAUUCAUCGCAUACAGCGAAACACAAGAAGUUUAUACCGCUCGGUCGGGUCAUUUGAGGGGAGAAUCUCUUACUCUGUUUUAUUGGCGAUCACGGCGUGAAAAGGGAGGUCUGCGUUCAUACCAC